GAUCAGCCAAUGACAGACGGGGGGCUGCGCAGUCGUAUUUCCAUGCGGCCUGUAUAAGAAGAGCCGCUCUCUACAUUCCGCUUCAGUCGUUACUACAGUGAUAGAGAAAGAUGCCGGAACCAGCGAAGUCUGCCCCGAAGAAGGGCUCUAAGAAAGCGGUGACCAAGAGCGCCGGAAAGGGCGGCAAGAAGAGGAGGAGCAAGAGGAAGGAGAGCUAUGCUAUCUACGUGUACAAGGUACUGAAGCAGGUCCAUCCCGACACCGGCAUCUCGUCCAAGGCUAUGGGCAUCAUGAACUCGUUCGUCAGCGACAUCUUCGAGCGUAUCGCCGGCGAGGCCUCCCGCCUUGCUCACUACAACAAGCGCUCCACCAUCACCUCCAGGGAGAUCCAGACGGCCGUCAGGCUGCUGCUGCCCGGUGAGCUGGCUAAGCACGCCGUGUCCGAGGGCACCAAGGCCGUCACCAAGUACACCAGCUCCAAGUAAUCAAACUGAUUAUCAUUUACAACACAACGGCUCUUUUAAGAGCCACACA